AUGGCUUCCACUGGAGAAGAGGGCGCUAAGAAGCUUCAAAGUAACUGCGCAUUCUACGAGGAACUAGAUGAUAUUCCACGGACACGGGACGCUAUUAACCCUGAUUGCAUGACCAUAAGUUCUUCAAAGGUCAUUCCAAAGAAGAAGUCUCCCUCAGCAGGACCAGUCUCGAAAGAGGGAGAAAACUCAUCAUCAUCCGUGAGUUCUGAUUCUCAGCAGCUUAGCACAAGUUCAGCCUCAGAUGAAUCACCACCGAAGUCGCAGCAAGUCCCACCAAAGACAAAAGGGAAAGCCCCCAAGCGCAAGAGAAAGGAGCAAAAUGACCAAGAUGAAGACCCCUACAUGAACGGAAUAUGUGACAUGUGGCGUAUUUCCAUGGAAAAGCAAGCCGAAUGCUUCAACCGCAGCAUGGAACUUCAGCAGGCUGCUAUACAAAGCCAGACAGAGCAGACCAAGGCUCUUGUGUCAGGCCUAAAAGACGUUUUAAAAGACUGUUUCAAAAGUGACUAAAAAGAUGUUGCCAAUUAAUUUGAACAUUUACAUGUUCUGUUGUUGUUAACUAGCUGGCUUCGCAGAAGCUUCAUGAAUAGUAGAGUAACAGACAUUCAAUCGUUUUGAGCAGUUUAUUGAUUGUAACACAGCUUUUGGGAAAAAGAAAUGGAAAAUUUAAAAAAAUCAAACUCAAUAAAUGUGCGUUUUAUAAAGAAAAACAUUGUCACGCCAUUGAAUUACAGUGCGUCCUAUGGUGCAAUGAGGAAGGUGGCUGAAUUAAAGUACACCCUGAGAAAGUAGAUAAUCUAGCAUAGUUUGGCGUGUAGCUGAUCCGUCUUGUGCUUCAUCAUCUUCGUCUGCGUCAUUUUGAUCAUCCAGUGAUGGGCGAUCGUUGUCAUCAUCAAAUGAAUCCCCUUGCAUCACACAAAAAUUAUGUAAAACACAUGCUGCUGUCACGCUUCGCGGUACGGAAGUGUGACUCUGUUCAAUCUUUUUUAGUAAAAGCCUCCAACGUUUUUUUAACAAGCCGAACGCCCUCUCGAUCACUGAUCUCAUUGCACUUAAUUUUUCAUUAAAGCGUCUUUUCUGAGGCGAUAGGCGCCCUGUGUUUGAAAAGGGCUUUAUUAGCCAGUUUUUCAAAGGAUAAGCACUGUCACCUACUAGCAUUGGCUUCAACAGUCCCCCAUUAACCAUUCUUGUACGUGCUGAUAAAAUUUCUUCGUUUUCUGCAAGGUCAAAAAUUCCCGUCAGUCGUAGCACUCUUGCAUCGUGAAUACUACCGCGAUAGCCCACUGCUACAUGUUGAAAACGCAGCCGCGAGUUCACUGUCCAGUGGAAAGUCUCCAAACACCAACAGCAACACGCUUCUCUACAGACACAGGCUUUCUCAAUCUCGUUUCCUGUCUCGUCAGAUCACCACGAGGAAUUUGGCAAAGCUCGUCAAACGUUUCACGUUCCAUUCGAA